AGAGAUGAAUUGCCUUUUUUUUGCCAGAGAUAUUUUUUUAGAAAUUGGAGAAAAUAAAGAAUUCAAAAAUAGAAAGAAUCUAAAUAAAGGGAAGGGGCCCACUACUUCUUCAUUCAGGGGGGAGACUCGCCUCAUUACUUCCCACUGGGCGAGAGGUGGGCCUAAGCCACCUACCCCUACCCACUCAUCAAUCACGUUCUUCAGCUGACUUGCACUGAUAGACCCCUAUUGUAUUGGAAUUAGGCGCACAUUUUUUUACUGUUGUCAACUAAUCUCUUCCAUUUUCGAUUCUACUCUAUGUUAGAACAUUUCUGUGAAUGCUAUUCUGAUCUAAGUGGUCUUAUUCUCUGUCCCGUGCUAGGAAGCAUUACUCCUCUUUUCAUUCCAAAUUCAAGAAUACGACCGAUACGAUUGAUUGGUCUGUGUGCCUCUCUCAUUACUUUUUUGUAUUCCCCUGUUCUUCGGAUACAAUUCGAUCCUUCUACGGCCAAAUCUCAAUUUGUGGAAAGCCUUCGAUGGCUUCCUUAUGAGAACAUCCAUUUUUAUUUGGGUAUAGACGGUCUUUCUUUAUUCUUCGUGAUAUUGACCACAUUUCUGAUCCCUAUUUGCAUUUCAGUGGGUUGGUCUGGUAUGAGAAGUUAUGGGAAAGAGUAUAUUACAGCAUCUCUAAUUCGUGAAUUUCUAAUGAUCGCCGUGUUCCGCAUGCUGGAUCCUCUACUAUUCUAUGUUCUUCCCGAAAGCGUGCUAAUCCCUAUGUUGUGCGGAGCUGAGCAUCUUCUAUUCGCUGGGAAAACACUUUUCCUCUGCAGGGGCCUUGUGACCUCGACCCGCCUACUCGGGUCUUGUAUGGAUAUGCAGGAAGGGGUGCUCCUAGGUGUGUGUAGGGGUUGUGUUUGUUCGCGAGAAUGGAUUCCUCGUCAAGUCAGUUUGGGGGGUGUGGACACACUUGCGCGAAUUCGGGUAACGGCUACAAGGGAUAAAUCGAAAGGAAACUGUACCCGACCAGGGAUGGACGUAAACUCAGGAGGAUCGACCCGUUCAGUCAAAUUCCGAAGAAAGACUGUUGGCAGCAGGCGGAGACCUUUCUUUGGCCCUCUUCAAAAGGAAAUGCGGGGGCGGGGGCCCCCACUAGCCCGGCUAGCUAGUGAGCGGUUCUUUCGGGCGAGAAGCAGGCCGGGCCCUACGGGCGGGCAUCUCCCGCAACGCAAGCUGCAUUGUUCGCCACUACCCGAGAAGCAAAAGAUUCGAGAGUCCCAGGGAGUGGGCUACCUACUGGAGCUUCGACCAACCACCACCGGUCAAAAAUUCCGCUUUGGGGCCACCCCUUACUCUACCAUUAUUAUAGGGGUAUGGGGUUCGAGACAAAGAAAGAUCAAGGCAGCAUAUCAGUUUUUCCUUUAUACUUUACUUGGAUCUGUUUUUAUGCUAUUAGCUAUUCUCUUGAUUCUUCUCCAAACAGGAACCACCGAUUUACAAAUAUCAUUAACCACAGAAUUUAGUGAGCGGCGCCAAAUCUUUCUAUGGAUUGCUUCUUUCGCCUCUUUUGCCGUCAAAGUGCCUAUGGUACCAGUUCAUAUUUGGUUACCCGAAGCUCAUGUAGAGGCACCUACGGCAGGAUCCGUCAUCUUGGCAGGAAUUCCUUUAAAAUUGGGAACCUACGGCUUUUUAAGAUUUUCAAUACCCAUGUUUCCCGAAGCGACACUUUCUUCCACUCCUUUUAUUUAUACUCCAAGCGCGAUUGCUAUAAUAUAUACUUCCUUGACCACUUCAAGACAGAUCGAUCUUAAGAAGAUCAUUGCUUACUCCUCAGUAGCCCAUAUGAAUCUGGUGACUAUUGGUAUGUUUAGUCGGGCGGCGGCCGUUAGGUCACCUAUUUUUAGUUAUGGACAACAAGGCCAAAACAUGUGUGCCGGGCGUGCGACCCAUCAACCUACUAGCAAUGGGGGAGAAAACAUAGCAUGUCGCAAUAAAAGCUUGAUUCGAGGCGUCAGCAAAAGACUGCCGUCUGUUCCAAAAACAAAAAGCCCCUUAGCGCCCCGGGACGGUAGUGGAGGACGGCCCUACGCGCAGGCAACAGCAGCACCGGCUCCACGAAGUUAGAAUCGAAUCUUUCUGUUGGCUUUCCCAAUUCAUUCGUGAAUAAGAAUGAAAGGGCUAGAAGCGAGUGCUUCUAGCUGCUUCGCCUGCUUCUUAUUAUGAUGGUUAUGUUGGCGUGGCG